GGAAAAGAAAUCUAAGAUAUAUAUUAAGGGGGGAAAAAAAGAUGGAUUCACAAGAUUGCGUCCCAACAAAUUCAAAGCAAGAUAUCAGCCAUCACAUAAAGGGUAGCUCUGGUAAACAUUAUCUUUGUGGCUAUUGUGCAGCCUUCAUCAAUAUAGUGGUCACCUUUCCCAUCCAGAAGGUCCUCUUUCGACAACAAUUGUACGGCUUGAAAACAAAGGAUGCAGUACAUCAGCUGCAGAAAGAUGGAAUUCGUAAUCUCUAUCGUGGAAUCCUUCCUCCAUUAAUGCAAAAAACAACCACCCUGGCUCUAAUGUUUGGCUUGUAUGAAGAUUUCUCCUCCUUGCUCCAUAGUCAUACAAGUGCACCUGAACUUCUAACUUGCAGCAUGGCAGCUGUGCUUGCAGGGACCACGGAAGCCCUUCUUACACCUUUUGAACGAGUCCAGACUUUGCUUCAGGACUACAAACAUCAUGACAAAUUUACAAACACUUACCAGGCUUUCAAGGUACUAAAAGUCUAUGGGAUUAGAGAAUAUUAUCGGGGUUUGGUGCCUAUUCUGCUCCGGAAUGGAAGCAGUAACAUUCUCUUCUUUGGCCUACGAGGACCUAUCAAACAAUGUCUGCCGGAAGCGACUUCUUAUAGCGCUCACUUGGUCAAUGACUUUAUCUGUGGAGGGCUUUUGGGUGCCAUGCUGGGAUCCUUAUUUUUCCCAAUGAAUGUUGUAAAAGCUCGCAUGCAAUCUCAAAUUGGUGGUGAAUUUCAGUCUUUUUCAAAAGUUUUUGUGAUGAUCUGGCUAGAACGUGAUAAAAAAUUGAUGCAUCUUUUCAGAGGAGCCCAUCUGAAUUACUAUCGUUCUGUCCUGUCCUGGGGCAUAAUCAAUGCAACGUAUGAAUUCUUGCUAAAGCUAUUAUGA